AUGACUGCAAAAGCUCUGGACCAGCGAGCUGUUAUCCACGCAUAUCGUCACCUCUAUCGACAGGGCCUGAAGGUGAUUAAUUAUUCCACACCCUCACGAUAUGUGCUUCUACGAAUCCUGCGAACCUCGUUUAGUUCCUCUACGCCCAAUGAUUUUGACCCGCAAAGAAUAGCCAAUACCUUACAUUUCCUCCAACGUGCAUCCGACGUCGCAGGCUUCGAACACAAGAUUGUGAAGAAUUUGAUGAUGGUCAGAUACUGGGAACUGCCCCAAGUGAGGAAAGAUGCUCGAAUUCUGAAAGCACUAGGGAUUGACAGAACCGACGCCUCUUUACGGAAAGACGCUAACGUGCAAUUCAAUUUGACUUUGAUGCUCUUGAAUGAAAGUCUUGGUACUUGUCUAAGGUAA